CUGCCUACGUCACCACGACGCGUGAUGCGUACAAAGAAGCCACUCCAAGCUACAAGCACCAAUUUAUAAGACCUUCCCAAUAAACCCAAACCUCACAUACCUAAACAACCACCCACCACGACGAUCCCCAACAAACUCCUCAAGCUCCACAUCCUGCCAAAGCCAUCACCAAGACACUUCCGCACCACCCAAACCGCAACCAUGCCCCUCGUAAUCCCAGGCCUGCAGUCAAAAGACGGCGCCAGCAGCAGCAGCGACGACUGGACGAACAAGCUGAUGGGCAAGAAGAUUGGCGAGACGAGUGAUACGACGACUUUCGCGAAGCAGGAGCUGCCCAAGGAGCACCGUGUGAUCAAGGAGGGCGAUAUGGCGAGUAUGGAUUUUAAGCCGGAUAGACUGAACAUCCACACCGCCGAAGACGGUACCGUCAAGAAAGUCCAGUUCGGUUGAGCCAGUCGAGACGGAGCCGUGAUACAGACAAUGAUGGAGGCAUACCGACACGAAGGGAUGGGGAUAAGGAGGCUACUCCUGUAAUAAUACCCGAAUGACAUCUUGACCAUGAAAGAGCGGAGUGACUGGAUAAAUCAUGAGAUUGCGAGUAGUAAUGAUGGUAUAUUAAGUAGUAGGUGAUAUGACAUGCUUGCGCAGUGAGCUAUUUCUCUUCUUCCAACCCAACGACCGUGAAGCAAGAAGAAUACAGUAGUA